AUAAUGUACAGUAUCAGUAUAAUAGUGUAUGCGUCUGCGUGCUAUCAUUUUGCAUUUCCUGUUCGGAACAGUUUUCAAAUUGCGAUAACUGAUUAUUCCUACUAAAUUAGAAGCGGAGAGAUUGAGGAAAUCCGAAACCAACCAAACAAAAGUUCCAGUGGAUUUACCCACAAAUAUGACUCAAUUAUUGCGGCGGGCAGAAGAACGAAAUCAGCAAACUUUAAUCACUAUUCAUGAUGAAGAACAGGAAUCCAAAGCAUCACCAUUUGGAAAUGAUGAUGAUCAACCUCAAAAUCCCAACCAGAAUCACAGGAAACGUGUUGCUUCUCUGGACAUUUUUAGGGGUUUCACCGUUGCUCUGAUGAUUUUGGUAGAUGAUGCUGGAGGAGAAUGGCCAAUGAUUACACAUGCACCAUGGAAUGGCUGCAAUUUAGCUGAUUUUGUCAUGCCUUUCUUCUUAUUCAUCGUUGGCAUGGCAAUUCCAUUAGCUCUCAAGAGGAUACCCGACAGUGUCAUAGCAGGCAGAAAAGUAAUCUUCAGGACCCUCAAACUUCUAUUUUGGGGCAUACUUUUGCAAGGAGGGUACUUUCAUGCUCCCGAUAAACUUACAUAUGGAGUUGACAUGAAAAGAAUGCGAUGGUGUGGAAUUCUUCAGAGAAUCGCUCUUUCGUAUCUGGUUGUUGCCUUUUUGGAGAUUGCCACGAAAUCAUCUCAAGUCAUGAGUCAAUUACCUGGCCGAUUCUUCAUUUUUAAGUUAUACUGCAGACAAUGGGUUGCUGGAGCAUGUGUUCUUAUUAUUUACUGGUCUCUACUCUAUGGAUUAUAUGUCCCAGAUUGGCAAUUCACCAUUCAGAAUGUGGAUAGCCCUGAUAAUGGAAGGCAUUUCACGGUGAUGUGCGGGGUGAGAGGGAAACUAAAUCCUCCUUGUAAUGCUGUUGGUUAUGUUGAUAGGAAACUGCUAGGUAUUUAUCAUUUGUAUAAUCAUCCAGCGUGGAGGAGAUCUAAGGCUUGCACAGCAAACUCUCCUUACGAGGGGCCUCUUUUGGAAAAUGCUCCAUCCUGGUGUCAUGCACCAUUCGAGCCUGAAGGAAUUUUGAGCUCCAUCUCUGCCAUACUUUCAACGAUCGUUGGAGUUCAUUUUGUCCAUGUACUUAUUCAUGUAGAGAAUCAUACUGGCAGGCUGAAGCAUUGGGUUUCGAUGGGCAUUUCUCUCCUUAUCUUGGGAUUCUUGCUUCAUUUUACCAAUGCAAUCCCUUUGAACAAGCAGCUAUAUACAUUCAGCUAUGUUUGCGUAACAUCCGGUGCAGCAGCCUUAGUAUUCUCGGCCUUCUAUGUUCUGGUUGACAUUUUAGAGGUUAAAUACUUGUUUCUUCCAUUUAAGUGGAUUGGCAUGAAUGCUAUGCUUGUGUUUGUUCUGGCUGCUGAGGGCAUUUUUGCUGGAUUUAUCAAUGGGUGGUAUUAUGAUGAUCCUCAUACUACACUGAUAUAUUGGAUUCAAGAGCAUAUUUUCAUCGGCGUAUGGCAUUCGAAAAAGGUCGGAAUCUUGUUGUAUGUGAUUUUUGCCGAAAUCCUAUUUUGGGCUGCUCUUGCUGGCAUUUUCCACCGGCUUAAGAUAUAUUGGAAGCUGUAGCGCUGUUUUUCUUACAGUGUGUUUGGAUAGAAGUAAUUUUUCUUACACUGUGUUUGGAUAGAAGUAAAGAGACGGAAGGGAAGAAAUUUCGAGAGAGGAAGGAUUUCUUGUUUGGAUAUAAAAAAGGAAGAGAUGGAUAAGUUUUGUUAAGGUAUUGUUUAAUGGAGGAAAGAUUUGGUGGGAACUUUUCCCUUCCCUUCUCCUGAACAAAUAAUGAAGGUUUACCUUUCAGUUUUAUUUCCUUCCUUCCCCUUUCCUAUUCUUCCUUUCUUUUUUCUUCAAAAUUUUUAUCCAAACAUAGCGUUAAACUUUGUAUAGUCUUGCAUUACGUUGGUGUAUACAGUCAAGAAGAUUGAUGACAUCUGUGUGAAAGGGUUAUUGAUGUAGCUUGUAAUGUUCAAAAACUAGAUAAUACGUGCGUGGUUCACGGCUUUUUUGACAUAUUUGUAUAAAUUAAAAAGAAAUUAAGAAAUAAAUUGUAUAUUGUAGUUAUGUUUCGUUCCACUCUACUAAGUUGUAUGCAAUUCUACAUUAUGUACAUUGUAGUUAUGUUUCAUUUCAUUAUAUAAAGUUAUCUACAUUG